AUGACAUUGGACCCAGCUGAAACGCUACAACUAUCACCAGCCGCAGGUUGUGAAGGUGAAGAUGCCGACGACAUCGCGCGAUCACAAUUAGACAAGUAUUACUCCGAGAUUGGCCUGUGGGGAAGCCUGCGUUGGCUCUUGUCGAUUGUCCUGCUCAGCGCCUCGGCGCGGAUUGUUGAUAUUGACUCGAUCCCUUCUCUUAAACCCUUUGCUAUUUUCAAUGUGGUCUGCGCAUGCAUCCAUUUGGUUACGGUUUCGCCGUUGCUGAAGCGCCCCCAUUCGGCGACCAAUCCAAGGCCACCCACAGUAUGGCUGGUCCAAUUUAUUAGCCUCAUGGUCUUGAACAUCGUCGCUUUGGCCCUCAGUAUUGUCAUGAUGGUCAUGGCAUAUGAGUUCAGGAAAGAGAAGCACCCGAGUGGUGGAAUGUGUCGUCACAAGGGUGGCCACCACCGUCCCUGUAUGAGUGACCGCAGCGCGACAUUCGACAUGUGCGUAUUGAGCUUCUGCAUCUCGAUCGCAAUAAUGGUGAGGUUCACUGCGCGGCAGAUCCAGGAACGUUAUGAGUAUAUCAUGGCUGCACAUGCCGCUGUUGAUUCAAUGACUGCAUGGAAGUCCUGUUGGGCUCAAUGGAAAGUAUUCAUGCGAGGUUGGAGGGCGGGUAUGGAGCAGAAGUGA